AUAAGUUACCGGAGUAGCAGUAUUAUGGGAUAGACAUGGCAGCCUUCAGUGGAGGAAUGUUCGAAUGGCAGUACAGUAUAAGGAUCAAUUGAGUCGUUUUAUCUGUUGUGGGUUAAAUUCUUCGUUUCUGCAACUGCCUUUCUCUCGGGUAUGCCACCGGAUGUUGACGCUUCCCGAGUAUUCUUGGACUCGGGCUUCAAUAUAAAUAACCAGAAACUCCAAAAUGCCUGGUGAAGAGAAGGUAUCGCAGCAGACCCGGCACAGGAAAAAGAACAAAAAAUUGCGCCUGAAGGCAGCAGGUGCAGGCGGCGGUCCCACCACCACAACAGUUAAUGGCCAGGAAGACCCUACCCUACCUACAUCUUCUCAACAUGUGCUCCCCAAAAAGCCAGCUGAUGUCAGACCCAAAAUAUCAGUCACCAAGUUGGAGGAAGAGUCGUCCAAAUCUAUUUGUCUCCAGGUGCUUUUCCCAUACCUGCUGGCUGGAAUGGGUAUGGUGAUGGCUGGCAUGGUGCUGGACAGUGUACAGCACUGGGAGGUGUUCAAGGUGAUAACAGAGGUCUUCAUCCUGGUUCCAGCUCUCGUUGGACUCAAAGGAAAUCUGGAGAUGACUCUGGCAGCUCGACUCUCUACUGCUGCCAACACAGGACAACUGGAUGACCCGAAAAAACAGUGGAUUAUGGCCUGCAGCAAUCUGGCACUAAUACAGGUCCAGGCAACAGUGGUGGGCUUCCUGGCUGCAGUGGCAGCUAUUUGUUUAGGUGCCAUUUCUAGAGGAGGUGUUGAACUGGACCAGGCUGCUGUUCUGUGUGCCAGCAGCAUCACCACAGCAUUUGUAGCUGCUCUGUCCUUAGGCCUGGUGAUGGUUGGAGUCAUCAUUGGUUCCAGAAAAGUGGGCAUCAACCCUGAUAAUGUGGCCACCCCGAUAGCUGCCAGUCUGGGGGAUUUGAUCACGCUGUCCCUGCUGGCUGGGGUCAGUAGUACACUCUUCUCCUACAGAGACAUGUGGUACCUGUCACCGCUGGUGUGUUUGCUCUUCCUGGCUCUGAUCCCACUCUGGGUGGUCGUGGCCCAACAGAGUCCUCAGACAAAGGAGGUUCUUCGCUCGGGGUGGCAGCCUGUUAUAGUUGCCAUGUCCAUCAGCAGUUUCGGAGGCCUCAUUCUGGACAAGACAGUGAGUGAUCCGAACUUUGAGGGAAUGGCCGUCUUCACCCCCGUCAUUAAUGGAGUGGGUGGUAACUUGGUGGCCAUCCAGGCCAGUAGGAUCUCCACCUACCUUCACUUCUGGAGCAUCCCAGGAGUUCUGCCGUACAAGAUGAGGCAACACUGGCCCAAUCCCUGCAUCACCUUCUUCUCUGCAGGUGUGAACUCCAAGUCGGCUCGGGUGCUGAUGAUGCUGGUGGUCCCCGGUCACCUGGUCUUCCUCUACGCCAUCUCUCUGCUGCAGGGAGAUGAGGCGCCGAUCUCUGUGUCCUUCACCAUCUGCUACAUCUGUGCUGCUCUGCUCCAGGUGGCCAUCCUCCUAUAUGUUGCCGACCUCAUUGUCAGGUUCAUGUGGAGGAAGAGUCUGGACCCUGACAACUUCUCCAUCCCCUACCUGACCGCCCUGGGCGACCUGCUGGGCACGGGUUUCCUGGCUCUGUGCUUCCACUGUGUGUCAUUAAUUCACAGCCUGGCUCUGUGAUUUGGCUCUUCCUUUUGGAGUUGAACAGACUCUGAUUGCUAGACUCUGACGUGUUGAUGGAAGUUUUGUCAAUAAAUCAUUUGUCC